AAAAACCCAAAUGAGGCCGAAACCCAAAUCAGGCCCAAAUCUCUAAUUUUUCUUCACUUUCCCAAAUCUGUCGGAGACAGCAACUUUAAUUCACCGGAGAUUUCACCGGCGUCGGAUCUUAUCUCCGGAAUCCACCGUCGUCGGUCUGGAGCAAAUCUCCUUCGUUUUCUGGCACUGGAUCCAAGAGAGAGAGAGAGAGAGAGAGAGAGAGAGAGAGAGAGAUGAACUGUGGAAAUCGGAAAAAGAUACAGAAGAAGUUCAAGCUUUGGGGGUACACCCUCAAAGUCGAAGCCCUAAAUGAAGUCCUCUCCUUCUUGUCCCAUUACCAAGACGUUCCCUCUCAAGACGAAGCCCUGGAUGUCCUCCUCGACAACCUCCAACACCAAUCCCUGAAAUCAUCAAUUCUUGACAAGGACUCAGUCCACGGAGUCGCUAGCCUUCUUUUGAAAGCACAAACCGCCGGAGCGGUGGAGGAGGACAGCAGUAAUUGCAUCAGCAGCGCUGCUCUCCGCAUUAUUGAUGACAUCUUCAUCAUCCCUAAAUUCCGCUAUGAUCCAGUGAAAAAAUUCUUCUAUGAGCACACAGGAAGGAUUCCAAUUCACGGUGAUGCUUCUGCCAAAGCCUUUUUGUAUAGGGAUAGGUUUCUCUUGUUGCUCCAGAGGCUUUACCGUGAUCCAGAUUUUUCAAGGCCUGCAUUCAAUUCAGAAAGGUCUCAGUUUGGCAGCCGUGAGAUAUCUCCAAUUCAGAGUCUGGUAGGGCUAACAGGGAGAAGAUGGGUCAUGGGUGUUAUAUCUCAGUUGGAGGAUGGUCAUUUCUACUUGGAAGACCUAACCGCAGCAGUUGAGAUAAAUUUGUCCGACGCAAUAUCCUCUAAAUGGUUUGUCUUAGAAAACACAAUAGUGUUGGCAGAAGGCGAAAUGCUCUUGGAUGGUAUCUUUCAGGUGAAAACAUGUGGAUUUCCUCCGUUAGAAAACAGAGACAAGUCAAUUUCAGCAUUUCCUGGAAUUGAUUUCUUUGGUUGUGGAACAUUGACAAAAGAAGAAAAUCUGAGAUUUGCAGAUAUGGAGAAAAGGGCUGUGAAUGAUAUGUUUGUCGUAAUCUCUGACAUUUGGCUAGACAAUAAGGAUACUAUGACAAGGCUAGAGGAAGUCUUGCAUGAAUAUGACAAACAAGACGUGGUUCCUUCUCUGUUUAUUUUUAUGGGAAAUUUCUCCAGCCAUCCAUGUAACCUUUCCUCCAAUUCUUUCUCAAGUCUCAGAUCGCACUUUGGAGAGCUUGGGCAGAUAAUUGGUGCCUGUACAAAUUUAAUGCAGCAAAGUAGAUUUUUGUUAAUUCCUGGUCCUGAUGAUCCUGGUCCUUCAACCGCUCUACCGAGAUGUGCAUUGCCAAAAUACAUUACUGAACAAUUUAAGAAACACAUACCAAAUGCCCUAUUCUCUAGUAACCCUUGCAGAGUCAAGUUUUGCAACCAAGAAAUCGUUUUCUUCCGUCAGGAUCUUCUGUAUAGAAUGCGCAGAUCAUGUUUGAUUCGCCCUUCAACAGAAGAAACCAGUGAUCCUUUUAAGCAUCUUGUUGCCACCAUAACACAUCAAAGCCAUCUCUGUCCACUCCCUCUGACUGUACAGCCUGUUAUUUGGAACUACGAUCACUGUCUUCAUCUUUAUCCCACCCCACAAACGAUUGUGUUAGGAGACAAAAGCGAGCAGAAGGAAUUCGAAUACGCAGGAAUAAAAUGUUUUAAUCCCGGUUCCUUCUCAACCGACAGCACUUUUGUGGCAUAUCGACCUUACAAUCGUGAAGUUGAGUUAUCAGGUCUACAAAAAGGUUGAGUUAUCAAAAGGUUAUGAGAAUUGUCAUCUUCUAAUUUAUUUGGGCCAGCAAUACAGUCUUCUGUAUAAAUAUUUUGCUGAACAUUUUGGUUGAUUAUUUGAUUACUUCAUUAAUAGUAUGUUGAUGUUAUUACUCUAUCAGAAAAUCCAAUCUUGAGAUUCA